AUGCGUAAAUCUUCCUCUAUUCCCAAGACGCAUUUCCUCGGCCGUCAAAUAGACCCCACCCUUGAGACAACACACAUCUCGGGACCAGUUGGAUUUCUGAAUCCGACGCGCGUUCACCUAAAACCCGCGCCUAAAAGCAAAGAAAAUGAGAAACCAGCACAACCGGUCAGCGAGGAAGAGCAAGGAAAAGAAGUAAAGCCUCGUCAGCAGCCCAGAAUUGAAUAUCUCUGGCGCUCUCGCGACAAUCGGAAAGGUCGUCAUGCGGUUCACGUCCAGUACUCUCCCGAGCAUCAUGGACCGGGCCACAAUCUGCCGGCAAGCACGAACACUUUCCAAGAAGUAAUUCGCGGCAUUAUUCGAAUGUUGACCUAUUUCCCCUACUGGGACGUAUCCUGGCUUGUCGCGACUAUCUUCACUUUGGGAUCCAUGGUCUGGGUUAUCAACGCAUUUUUCGUUUGGUUACCAUUACAAGACCCCUCGACCGAGUUCUCCGGCGAGUCUCUUAUCGGCGGCGGUGUCACGGCAUUCAUCGGCGCUACUAUUUUCGAGAUUGGUAGUGUCUUUCUGCUGCUUGAGGCAGUCAAUGAGAAACACACCUCGUGUUUCGGCUGGGCCGUUGAAACAGUCGUUAAAAGACUGGAGUCCCACGACGAUCUGACCAAUACGACAGAAGUCAGACCCAUCGCGUCCCAUGAGUGUGCCCAUCAUCACUCCAAGAAACGAUCCUUACUUCGCGAUGGGCUCAAAGAGGCUUCGCCUGAAGAGCAGAGAUCGUUCGAAUGGUUGCCAUCAUUGAGCGAAUUGCGUACUCACUACUUCCAUGAACUCGGGUUUUUGGCUUCGCUUGUGCAGAUGAUUGGUGCUACUAUCUUUUGGAUUGCUGGAUUCACGGGCCUGCCGGGGAUUACGGAUCAUAUGAGUCAGGGAUUGACGGAUGGAGUAUAUUGGACUCCGCAGAUUGUGGGUGGGUCAUGUUUCAUUCUCAGUGGUCUGCUGUUCACUAUCGAAACACAACCGAAAUGGUUUAUCCCGGCUCCAAGUGUAUUAGGCUGGCACAUAGGGGCUUGGAACUUUAUCGGUGGAAUAGGAUUUACACUCUGUGGUGCCCUCGGCCCAGCAUCGGCAUCUUCUGGGGUUGAAUAUCAGAGCUGUCUAGCUACGUUCUGGGGCUCAUGGGCUUUCCUGAUUGGGUCUGUGAUUCAAUGGUACGAGAGUUUGGACAAGUUCCCGGUUGAGACGAAGAAGCCCAGCUCUCAGGAGAUUGCGAGUGAUGAGACGACCGUAUAG